GUUUCUUUCAUUCAUUUUAUACACUCACUCUCUUCCAUUUACUCUUCUCAUUUCAUUUCGUCAAACCAAUUUUGUGCAUUCACAGUUUCAUCAAUGGUCUCCAAUGCCACAGCCUCUCCCUCUCGACUUCAAGAACAACAUGGAGGGGGGGAGAGACAUGCUCGACAAACUUUGGUGAAAAAGAUAAAUCUGGUGAAAGAGCAAAUCCAAAAUGAACGAGUUGAAUCAAUUAAAGAAAAGCUUCAAAGGAAUGGGAAAAAUCUCCAAUGUCAGCUAUCUAAUGCCAUGUUAGUAAUAUCAAGAAAUAAUAACUCAUCUCAAAUUGAGGAAAAUAAUGGUCAAAUGCUUUCUUCAAGAAUGGAUAAUCCUUUGUGUAAGUUCAAUGGUUACCAUCAAGUUUUGAGAGAAGGUGACCAUACCAACAAUCAAGAUACACCAUUGGUGAAAAGUAUCAAACUCCCAUACAUCGAAAGGUUACCUCCAUAUACAUUUUGGACACAUUUAGCCAGAAAUGAAAAAAUGACUGAAGAUGAAUCAGUUGUUAAGAGAAGUAAUAUAUAUUACGAUCAUCAUGGAGGUGAAACGGUAAUAUGCAGUGAUAGUGAUGAAGAGUUCACGGAUGACGAGGAAGAUAAAUGUGACUUUUCUCAAGGUGAAGACCAACUUAUAAGGAUGGUGUUUGAGAAGUAUGGUUCAACCAAUGAAGUAUCGAGUAUUAUUAGAAACAUUAUUGGGGGUACUAAUUCAGAAAUUCAGGAACGAUAUAAAUUUAUCAAGGAAAAUGACCAACAUCAUGAAGAAGAUUAUGAAGAAGAUGAAUCUUUCAUUGAGAAGUGUUUGAAGACAAGUUUGAGUGCCGCUUUAGAUGAUGUUGGCCACUUUUUUUGUCGUCAAUGCAUGACCUUUGAUUGUUCUUUGCACGGUUGUUCUCAAGAAUUAGUAUAUCCUAGUGAAAAGCAACCAGCUUGGACUGAACAAGAAGGUGACGGAAAACCAUGUGGUGAUCAUUGUUACCUUUUGUUAGAGGAGUUUAGUAAUCAGAGUACUAAAGCUGAAGAUGCCGCAAUGGAAUGGCAAGUUGAGAACAAAACAACUUUUUCAAAUUGGAAACCUUUGGAGAAAGACUUAUAUAAGAAGGGAAUAGAAAUGUUUGGGAAAAACAGUUGCCUUAUAUCUCGAAACUUACUUUCUGGGUGGAAGACUUGCAUGGAAGUUGCAACCUACAUGUCUGCUGAAGUUUCAAUGCCUCAAGGAUCCAUAGAAGAAAUUGGAAAAGUGGAUGCAAUGUGCAUUGACAAUGAGAUGCCAUCAAGGUCGCUAUCCCUACGAAGAAAGGGCAAAUCUAAGUUCAAAUAUACAUCAAAAUCUGCAGGUCUCCCAUUUUCAUGGAAAAGAAUUAAUGAUGGAGAAAAUCAAAUCUAUAAGCAGUAUACACCAUGUGAAUGUGAGGGACACUGUGGAAAGCAAUGUUCAUGUGUUCUUAAUGGGUCUUGCUGUGAAAAAUAUUGUGGAUGUUCAAAGCUUUGCCGGAAUCGAUUUGGAGGGUGUCAUUGUAUAAAAAGUCAAUGUAGAACUCGACAUUGUCCGUGCUUUGCAGCUGCGCGAGAAUGUGAUGCAGAUGUAUGUCGAAAUUGUUGGAUUAGCUGUGGUGAUGGUUUAUUAGGGGAAUCGUCUCAUCGUGCAGAUAGUCAAUGUGGAAAUAUGAUGAUUCUUUUAGGGAAAAAACAAAGGAUUCUUUUGGCAAAGUCUGAUGUUGCUGGAUGGGGAGCAUUCUUAAAGAAUCCAGCAAAUAAAAAUGAUUUCCUAGGAGAGUACACUGGUGAACUAAUCUCUCAAAUUGAAGCCGAGAAGCGUGGAAAAUUAUAUGAUCGUGCUGACUUUUCUUUCCUUUUUAACUUGAAUGAUGAAUAUGUUCUUGAUGCUUAUCGCAAAGGAGACAAAUUAAAAUUUGCAAACCACUCAUCAAAACCUAAUUGCUAUGCAAAGAUUAUGCUUGUUGCUGGGGACCAUCGAGUAGGAAUAUAUGCAAAGGAACGCAUUGAAGCUGGUGAAGAGCUUUUCUAUGAUUAUCGCUAUGGUCCAAAUCAAAAACCACCAUGGCUUCUUAAACUUUUAAGUGAUGAUUCCGACAAAAAUGAUUCAACAACUUCUCAAGGAAAACCCAAGAAACACCAGUCUCAAUAAAUUGGCUAGAGGUCCAUUAAUUUAGUAUUAAGGGUAUUGAUUAUAAAUUAGCACAUAAAUUGGAGCUUACUGAUUAUUAUUGGCAUAUGUGAACCUUUUUGUGUUCUUGAUGUUAAUUUUGGCAAUAUUUCAUGAAUUUCAUAAACAUAAGCUUUCUAUUGACAAAAAAAAAAUAUUGCAUUAUUUUAAUUGUCUAGUUU